CCGCAAACGCAGUGACGUGAUUUCAUUCAAGAUUUGGAUUUCAUUUAAUUUUAGAGAAAUUUAUUGAUUUUUAGAAAUUUUUGAGAAUGGUUUCAUUAAACGGUGUAUUUUUCAUGGUGGGGGUUUUGUUGGUUGGGGUCGCGACGGGUCAACGUGUGGGGAACGGGGAGGGGUCACGGGGUCGACUGGUUCCUCCAGACGAAAAUUUGGGAAACGUGGGCGAUCGGUUGGUUUUGACGGGGUUUUUGAACAAUGGGAGUGCCCGAGUGGGACGGGAAUUUUCUCGGGUGAAGAACAUCGUGUCGACUGAGAGCUACAGCGGAUUUUUGAUUGUGAAUUCCACCUUUAAUUCCAAUCUGUUCUUCUGGUUUUUUCCGGCACAGCACCAGCCGAAAACUGCGCCCAUCAUCCUGUGGUUGGGCGGUGGACCAGGGGUGACGGCGAUGUACGGUCUGUUCAAUUCGAACGGACCGAUUUACGUGGACGCCAAGUUCGGGCCUCACCGGCGAGAAAAUCCCUGGUCACUCACGCACUCCAUGCUCUACAUCGACAGCCUCGUCGGUGCUGGCUUUAGUUUCACGGAGGACGAGCGAGGUUACGCGAGAAACAGCGAGGACGUUGCGCGUGACCUUUUUUCCGCACUUGUCCAGUUCUACCAGCUCUUUCCGGACUUUCAGGGCAGAGAGUUGUUCAUCGCUGGGGAAGCUUAUGCUGCCAAGUAUGUAUUGACAAUUGCGUCGAAGAUUCACCGGGAGAAUUCUGAUUUUCCGAUCACGCCGAUCAACCUGCGGGGCUUUGCGUUGGGCUGCCCCUUCAUCGACCCCUACAACCAGCUCGACUACGGCAACUUCUUCCACAGCAUCGGUCUCAUCGGGGAACAGGAGCAGAGCUUCUUCCACGAGCUGGAGAAAGUGACCCUUGACCUCAUCCGCAAGCAGAGGUGGGCCGACGCCUUCAAGGUGGGCGAGUCACUUAUGGUCGGGUACCCCCUCACGUCGCCAUCCUACUUCAAAAACGUGACUGGAUUCCGUUACAUUCGGAACUUUUUGCAAUCCACGGGACCAGAAGACCGUCACUAUUUUAUUAACUACUUGGAACAGGACUCCAUCCGCCGCGCUUUGCACGUCGGUCCUCAACAAUUUUCCAACUUCAACGACACGGUGUACUAUUCCAUGCACGAGGACGUUUACCAAUCGAAACGCCACCUUCUCGAAGAACUGCUGGAUGCGGAGAAUGGCUACAAAGUGCUCAUCUACGCCGGCCAGUUGGACGCCGUGGUGCCACACACGACGGUUUCCAACGUCAUCAAGAACCUACGCUGGAAGGGCGCCGCGGAAUACCAGUUGACGGAUCGGGUCGUGUGGAAGGUCAACAAUGACAUUGCCGGAUAUACGAAAACCGUGAGAAAUCUGGUCUACUUGAUGAUGAGGAAUGCAGGGAAUAUUGCGGGCUAUGACCAACCCCUCUGGAGCUUUGAUAUGAUUAACAGAUUCACCGUGUAGAUUAGCUAAUCAAUUAAUUAAUUAAGAAUAUUCUAGUUUAAUUUGUCCUGCGUUUUGUAGAACGGUGUGGCCGUUCUUCUUAUUGUUUCGCUGCUGCGUAAUGUGGUUUUUGGCCAAGUUUGGAAUAAAAUUAUUGGACAAGUAGAUAACUAUUAAGAUGGUUUCACCGUGAUCCUAUGUAUGAAAUGCAAAGUUAAAUAUACUUAAUUGUUCAAGUAAUUGUUUUGAUGGUAUGCUUGUAAAUAAAUAUUAUACAAAUAUAGUAUGUGAUGAUAUGAUAAAAUACUCUGUAUUAAUAAUUGAAAGAAAUUCCUUGAUGAUUGAUGUUAGACUAGUUUUAUAUAUUUUUUAUUAAUUCCGUAUUAUUAUUAAUCUACUUUUAAUUGUAAUCUGAACAAAAUGCUUGUUAAAGAUACCAAUGACGAUGACCAUGUUAUGCAUGUGUAGCAUUUUGUAAAUGAUUUUGUCUCAAUAAAAAUUGAUAAAACGAGAA